GAAGAAAUGAACGUUAAUGAAACCGUUUCGCGCGGCAUUGCACAGAGCUACGGCAUACAUUACAAAAGGGAGCAGGAAAUCGAGAUGGUCACGUACGUGGACUACGUCGAGUACGACGGGCCGGCGUUCAAAGCCGGUAUGCGGGAAGGCGACGUGAUACUCUCCAUAAACGGCCACGAAAUGGACAGGGCCGACCACAAGACGCUGGUCAAUUUCAUAAAGAACUGUGAUACCAGGAUGCGGAUGGUCGUGUCCUUCGAAGACUGCGUUAGAAAGGUGGAGCUGCACAUGCGAUACAUAGAGCUGCAACGAGCCCUCCAAUCGCGCCUCGGGGAAUUGGAAAGACUCUGCGAGAGGGAACGGUCUAUCCUCAUGGGUCGAUGGAAAACCCAUUCACUGCCAGCACGCAAGAGAACGCCUAACAGCGGGGCCACGGGUAACCCCAAUCAACCCUCGCCGUCGUCGAGUUUCAACUCGUCCACCAUCCAGUGCUGCAGGCCAGCAACGUCCACGGAACAUCUUCUGCUUUACAACGUGUUCUCCGACGGUAGGCCAUGCCUGGUGCCUCGAAACGCCGCCUGUUUGGUGGCAGUUGGACCGCCACGUUCCCGCAGCGAUCACCACCACUUCCUCUCGAAGAUGCCGAGCGAAUCUGGUGUGACCGCCUCGUCGCGGCACAGCUACCACCAAGCGAACGGGAUGAGCAGCACCCCGGCGAAGUCGAAAUCGCACAAGUCCUGCCAGCAGCAGCAACAGCAGCAGCAAGCUGGCGCCAGUGGUGAGCCGUCGUCUCUGCACGCACCUCCUCAGAGCAGCCUCUGCGUCGCCUGCAUAUCCAGCGCCAAUCGUCGCAGAGAACAAUCGGACAACGGCAGUUUGGACGCUUACGACCUGGCUAGUCCGUGUUGCGAUCCUAAUUGCGUUCCCAGUCGUCGGCGCAGGGAGAAACAGAGGCGCGCGCGAAACGAACAGAAUCACCAUCAACAGCAACAGCAACAGCAACAACAGCAACAGCAGCAACAGCAACAGCAGCAACAGCAACAGCAACAGCAGCAACAGCAACAGCAACAUCAUCACGUGCAACGAGAGCAACCACAGCAAUCGCAACACACCUCGCACAAUUGCUCCAGGACGUCUGGUCACAGCCUGCACUCCAUCACCAGCAGCGACGUCUCCACCAUCGCCGACAGCGUUGCCUCCUGCACGACCAGCCUAAGCACGGACACCCUCUACUGGGAUCCGUCGAACGUGCACCAACGGCCACCACCGUGCCUUCAGUACGCCAAGCCAAAGUCUUGGGACAAUCUUACCACCAAGGCGUUCGGUGGCUAUGGCUUCGGGUACGGCUACCUGGACACAGCCACCGCGAAGACGCACAGCGCCGAACGGCCGGGGAAGGGUUCCCACGGACGUGCGAAAACGCCGACUGGCACCGUUCAGAGGAGAACCAGCUCCAGCACCACGUAUUCCGGCAGCUCCACCAGACACUUUCAGCCGAACAAGUCUACCGAGAGCCUGCUGAUACCGCCGCCUUAUCAGGCCGAAUUGGACGCGAGCCUCAGCUGCGAAUGCUUGGACGGGCCAGCCCCGCGUUGCGUGCCCGUCAUCCAAAUGGAGAAGCACGGUCGUCAGGAGGAGGCUGGGUACAUCAUCAGCACCCACACACAAGUUCGACAUCGCCGGUCUAGCCAUUCGGAUGGGAAACUGAGGCCUCUAAACAAUUCCGAAGCGACGCGACUCUAAACCGUAUCUGGGGAAUCGCAGCACGUGGUCCUGGCGAGUGGAAGAAUUACUUGGGGAAGAGGUUCGACGAGUGGAACUCACUCGUUUGGUCCUGUAUAGUUCCAUCGCAUGCUACACUCAUUAAUUCUGCGUUAAUUUCGAUACGUCGUUACAUUUGUGAUUUUUUGUU